AUGCCUGUUCGCCAGGCAGCGUCUUGCGCCACAUCCGAUCACAUUAGGGAGGGUCGUCCGAGAGUCAACACCACAUCAGCCAAUCCCAAAGGCCAGCCUAGAUCGUUGCCUGCUGCCUUCAAAUCUCCAUCACCAGGGCGCAAUCGUGACUUUGCCAAUCAGUCCGAGCCACGAAAUGACAGCGCCUCAGAAUACCAGCCAUCUUUCCCUGUCCAGGAGCCCGUCAGGCCAGGCGGUGACGUGCGCGCUAAGAAGACCCGAAAAGAAGAAUACCGGGCUGGUCAAACGAAGGCAGGCAAGGUGUCAAAACCUGAAGCAACCAUUCUGUCCAUGCAGCCAGACUCUAGCCGCCAGAGCAAACGCAAACGUGGUGACCUUGCUAUCAAUGAUGAGGCAGUGCAGACAAGCAGGCAGCCACCAAAGAAGAAGAAGCGCCAAGGUCAGGACAACACUACGGAUCUCCGCAACCAGUCCCUCGUAGUUUCGACUUCAGGUACCUUCAAGUCUUCCGGUGCUCAACCUCGAACAGUCAGGACCUAUCGAAGGAAGGGGAGGACAUCCUCUCCUGUGUCUGCGGAACGGAAUGGGGUGGACUUUGAUGAAAUUCCUGCAGAGAGUGAACCUGUGGUCAGACGUAGUGCCCGCAAUGGAAAACCAUCUCAACUAGCGUGUAAAGCUACACCUGUGAGGGAAAGGCAGACUCGUAACACGACCGUGCGCAAUCGCACCGGAAAACGUCAGCCACACGAUGGGAACCAUACUCCAACGAGGGUCGUCGGCGAAGCCAAGUCCCAGCCUAGAUCGGGAGGAAGUGGGAUUCGCCCCAGUCUCCCUGUGGUAGAUGCGGUCAACGUUGAUCAACCGUCUACCGCGGCUUCACCUCAUAAAAAAAGCCGGGCUACGGUCAAGGAGGCGCCAGUCGCCUCGGGCGGUUUCAAAGAUGCGAAAGCCCGAGCUAACGCGACAAGUAACAAAGUGGCACACGAAGACAAAGGUUAUUCCGCAUCGAAGAUUCUGGAAGCUGUAGACAAGUCAUUACCAGACGCGAGUGAUGUCGUACUUCAGAAAGCCGCAUCCACCAAGUCAGCUGAAGACCAUUUCACCGUCACUAAUCCAAUACCACUUGGUGACAGCGUGAGUGAGGAUAAUGACCAGCAUAUCUCUCCAGGAGAGCUCGCAAAGGAAGACCAUGUGGAAUACUCCGUUUCCUUGAAAGGAAGCGAAAGCUCCGGCACUCCUAUUGUAACCCCAGCCCGCCAACCUGCCAGCCACAGCGAUGUCGUUAUGAUUGAUCUUACCCAAGAAGAUUCUCCGAAGGGCCCCCAAGAGUCGAAAGAUGACCUAAGAUACCAGCCAACAAACCUACGACCACGCACAUCCUGGGAUUCAAAGAUGAUUACUUCAGACAAGGCAUAUGUUGCUCCACGUCGUUUAGAAGAACAAGAAGUGGCGGCUAAAGUCUCCCAGCCGGUCAGGCCAAUAGCUGACCGUGUCGCAACAUCCGAUAACGUUAUGCAACCGUUGGACACGGGAGUUUCGACCGACGAUUCAAGGGCUACUUUUGAUUCAACAACACUCGUGGAUAGCUCCCAAUUCCCUGCGGGUUUGAAUGCAUCUGGCUACGUUGCGAGGCUCCGUUUAACGCAUCAAGUACCAACUGUCGGUUCACCGCGAGAACAAGAUGUCGGCAAGGAUGGAACACCUAGUAGUCAUCAAGCAUAUGCUGUUGACGACAAACGCAAAGGCCCAGGUAUCGGCAUGAAGAUGCUUAAGCAAAGUCGCUACAACGAGGAAGACAAAAGACAGACGAGUCGAAUACGCCCUUCGCAUGAUGCUCAUUCUAAGCAUGCGGUUGCUUUGGAAGCGCAAACCGUGCUGAACCCGCCAAAGAAUACGACCUUCAUUCGUGAUGCGCAGAAGGCGUCUCAAGAAGGUAAAAUGCAAGGGAUCUCUGAAGUUCUCGGAGAGAUACACCAGGUCAUCCUUGAUGGAAUCUCGAGCAAGUUCAAGGACGCAAAGAAGGAUGUUAUCCGUGGGCGACAACGUAUAGUCGAAGAAGCCGGGGGAGACAUUAGGACCAUGGCGCUUGACAGCGCACACCAUUUCAACUCG